UAAUUUUACUCAAAAUUUGCAGAGAGUAAAUUGGCCCGUUUGUUCAUUCAUUUCCUUACAUCGCCGCUAAGGCGCUAACCUGCACAAACAUCAAUUUUCUUCAUCUCUUUUGCUCAUACACAAUAAUUUUCUUCUAUCUUCCCAUCAUGCUUCACUUAUCAAUCUUGAUUGGCAUUGUUUGUAUACCCUUUAGUCAAUUAAUGCAAGCAUAAUGUCAUGGAGAUACAAAUGGAGCUUCUUCCCCACCCAAAUCCUGAAUUCAUGCUCACCGCGCCAUUUUUCUUCAUUACCAACGGUAUGUUUUGAUGUUACUGAUAGAAUUAGAACCCAUAAAUUAUUUGGUCGGAAUAAUCUUAAACAUAUCACUCUCACACCUCAAAUUGUACAGUCCACUUUAGUGAACUGCACUUCUGAUUUGAUUGCUUUGAGGUUCUUUAUUUGGUGUGCUAAGCAGCGUAAUUACUUUCAUGAUAAACCAUCUUUUGAUUACAUGGUUAGUGUGGUUGGCAGGUUAACUAACCGUUAUACAACUGUUGGAAAAAUUGUUGGAGAAUUAGAGAGUGUUGGUUUAGUUGUAAAGGCUCAGACUUUCUUGCUUUUGUUGAGGAUUUAUUGGCGUGCAGGAAUGUAUUCUAUGGUUUUUGAAACUUUUGAGCAAAUGGGUACUCUUGGUUUCGAACCGAAAACAUUUGCACAUAAUGUGGUAAUGGAUGUUUUAUUUAAGGUUGGACGUGCGGAUGCUGGAGUUGGUGUUUUGAAAGAGAUGAAGUCGCCGAAUUUUUUGAGUUAUAACGUUGCGCUGACUAAUUUAUGCAAGUUGAAUGAUUUGGUUAAUGCUAAGGAUGUACUAAACAUUAUGUUAAGGGAAGGUUAUUUUCCUAAUGUUGAGACUUUUGAGAUGCUUUUAAGUUGUUGUUGCAAACUAGGGAGGUUGAUGGAGGCAUUUCAGUUGUUGGGUGUGAUGAUAACUCUGGGAAUUGGUUUCUCCGUGAAUACUUGGAACAUACUGAUUGAUGGAUUUUGUCGGUUGCGUCAGCCUCAUAUGGCGUUUUAUUUGUUGGAGAAGAUGGUUAGGAGUUGCUGUUAUCCUAAUGUAAUUACUUAUACAAUUCUAUUUAAAGGGUUUGUGGAAUCCAGAAUGAUUCCUUGGGCAUUUAAUAUUUUGACUACCAUGCUAUCCGAGGGUUAUGCUCCAGACUUGUUUCUUUGUAAUGUAUUGAUUAAUACCCUGUCUAAUGUGGGGAGAUAUGAUGACGCUGUAGAUGUAUUUUUGAGUUUGCCGAAAUGGAAUUUGGUGCCUGAUUCUUAUACUUUUAGCUCUUUGCUGUCAAGCAUAUGUUAUUCUAGAAAGUUUAACCUUUUACCCAAGCUAGUUAGCGGACUUGACAUAGAAGCAGAUCUGGUGGUGUAUAAUUCACUUUUGAAUUAUUUUUGUAAAGCUGGGUUUCCACAUCUUGCUGUGGAGUUGUAUAAUGAUAUGAUAUGUAGGGGCAUUGUAGCUGAUAAUUACAGCUUUGUUGGGUUACUUACAGGGUUAUUUGGACAAAAGAGGGUGGAUGAUGCCGUCAAUGUUUACCUAGGGAUAGUAAUGAAUUAUACCGGUGUUGAUGCUCAUGUACAUUCUGUAAUUAUAGAUGAGCUUCUAAAAAGUGGUAAAUGUCAUAUAGCUAUAAAAUUCUUUAGGAGGGCUAUUAAGGAGAACUAUCAACUAGAUGCUGUAUCAUUUACAGCUGCCAUCUCUGGGCUCGUCGAGAGUGGAAGGACUGCUGAAGCUGCUGCUUUGUAUGCUCAAAUGAAGGAUUUUGGUUUGUAUCCUAAUGCACACAUGCACAACUUAUUGCUCUGUAGUUUUUGUGCUCAGGGAGACAUUAAAAUGGUCAAAAUGUUGCUGCAAGAAAUUAUUAAGGCAGGGGUUCAACUGAAGUACAGUACGUUUGUCAGAUUGAGAAAUUGUCUGAUCAAGUUUAAUCUAUCUAAAUCACCCUUUAAACUGCUACUUUACCUGUGGAGUUUGGGGUUGAUGCCUGAUGAGGCAAUACAUGAGUUAUUGCUUGGACUCAACCUUAAUAUCAAAUCUGGUGAUGCAAAUCAUUUAUUACGAAAAAGUUAUCUAUUUGUGGAUUCAUCAAGUUCAGAUGAUCUCCCUGAUGUGGCUGCUUCAAUGGGUUGAUUACCGAUUUUCUUUUUUCAUGUUCAACUGUACAAUGUCCAACCUUUGGAUCUCAGCAUGCUGUCACGUAAGGCAUUAUUACAAAGGGGGACGACUGAAGCGAUUGUUGCUGACAUGAUUCUUCACGUAUGUGAACUAGUCUCCUGCCUACAUUAUUCAUUUGGCAUCACGGGGGAACGCUUUGGCACUCCUUUGCCUGCAUUGCACAUUAUAUAAAGGCAGCGGUAAUUUCUAAGUUACAGAGCUGUUUCUUAAUAUUAUCUGAUGAAUUUAGUAUUCUCUUAGACAAGCAAACAUGCUGUGCAUGAAGUUACUUGACUUGAGGACCAGAACGAGGAUAUUUGUUCCAAAAAGAUGAUUAAAUGGAUAUCUAGAUGAAAUUGGAACACUGGAACAUGGUCUAGUAGCUUCUUGCUUGUGCUGUACAGAAUUAUUAUUGCACAUGAACUAGAUGUUUUUCAUAUUUCGGUCAGUUAAGGUGUCACUGCUGAACAUCUUGGUUCUCAGGUUUCGUUGGCUGUGGCGUGAAGAACUUAUUCAUCUCUUGCAAAUUUUACUUCGGUCGACUUAUUUUACUAUCGAGGAAGCUCUUUGAUCAAGGUCUUCUCAUUUGUUACAUCAACAACUUCAGCAAUAUAAAGCAAAGAUCUGAACAUGUCUGCCAGUAUUUUCCAUCUUGUUGAUAGAAACGACAAAUAUAUUCACCCCUCCUCACUGUUCUAGUUUUAUCACUCAGAUGUCGUUUGUUAUCCUAGCCUCUUUUGAUUUUAGCUUCAAUAAAGACUAGCCUAUUAUUCCAGCAUUGUGUAUACGUUAUAUCUGUAAAAAUUUGUUUGGCAUCACAAGAAUAUGGAAUUCAAGCAAAUUUGUUUUUUGAACCUCAAAUAUUUUAUUUAUAUAUCUAAAAUAUGCUAGCUUCACUUGUCA